AUGAAGAUCAAUCUUUUCUUGUUGAGUUCUCUCUGUGCCAACAGUGCACUCGUUUAUGCCCUGCCGGCCGAUACGGCUGUUCUCAUCCUAAACGAUGGUACCACCAAGACUGUCGACAAGAGGGACCUUGCUGCCGAAUUCCCUGGAGUCAGUCUGUCUCCGCCUACCGAUUCUGUCCCCAAAUUUAUCCAGACUGGAUCCAACGAGUCCACCCCCUCAAACCGUCUGAGCAAGCGCUCCGGUGCCCAAUUCAUCAUCCCUCUUCCUGACCAGAAAUUCCUGGGCUGGGAUGUCCCCAUGUCUACCAUUGUGCAUGCCAACGGAGCCGAUGCCACCGCCGCCAUGGCACAAGGCCAGUCCAUCGCAAACAGCAUCUCCGUUAGCACCUCGUUUACGGCCACCGUGGAAAAGUUCCUAACUAUCGGAACCACCGUCAGCUACCAAUACACUGAAACCGCUACUCUCACCGGCACGGUUACCAUGACAAUCCCGAAGAACAGGUGGGGUGCCAUUGUUAGCAAUCCCUUGACCCAUCGCAAAAGCGGAUACGUAUUCAGUGGGCAGCCCGGAAGUGGACAGUACGAACACUAUCAGGCGGAUUCUUUCACCCAGGAUACUUACCGCUACGGACCCAAUUCCUUGUCCUGGGUAAAGGGUGUUGUUACAACUUGCUUGGGAGAUACUUAUCCUUUGAAGCGCUGCGUCGGAGAGGGUGUGAUGGAGUAA